AUGCCCUCUACCGACCUGCCAUACGCCGCAGAGGCCGAGUCUUCCCUUGGCUACGACGAGCUCGAGGUCCUCCGCAACCAAUACUACAAGGAGAUUGAGAGCGGGCACGUCACCACCCAGUCCAAGUUCAACUAUGGAUGGGGACUUGUCAAGUCUGGUUCGUCCGAACUGCAAACCGAGGGUGUCAAGCUGCUGCAAGAGAUCUACUCGGCUUCCCCUAGUCACCGCCGCGAAUGCACCUACUACAUCGCGGUCGGUUACUACAAGCUCAGCAACUACACGUACGCCAAAAAGUUCAACGACCUCCUCCUCGCCGUCGAGCCCGAGAACAUGCAGGCCCAGUCGCUGCGGCAACUGAUCGACAAGGCCGUGACACGCGACGGCUACAUUGGCAUGGGUAUCAUUGCCGGCGCCGCCGCCGUCACUGGUGUGCUGAUUGCCGGCCUGGUCAAGCGUUCGAGGAAAUAG